AUGUCGAUAGCUUUGCAUUAUAAUUUUCGUAAUAUUUCAAACGAAAGUUCGUCGAUUCAUGAAGAACAAAUUGAUGAGAAUUCAGUGGAACAAAUUUAUUUAAAAUUUUGUAAUCUUAUUGAGUUUCCAAAGUGGUUGAUAAAGCUUCACAAUCUUACACACAUUAACAUAUCAAAUAAUUCAAUUGAAUGCUUUCCACCUUCAAUAAACUUACUGCAAAAUCUCGAUUAUCUCGACAUUUCAGAAAAUCGUUUAAUGAAACUUCCAACAAACUUCUUUCAACUAACUCAACUUCGUUAUCUUGACGUGUCAGGGAAUUUCAUUGAAAAUAUUCCUUCAGAAAUUAAAAACUUGCAAAACUUGGAAAUUUUAAGUUUCGACAGAAAUUUCAUCAUGAGAAUUCCAAUUGAACUGACAGAAUGUCCAAAGAUUUUUCAAUUAUCAUUCGAUGAUUGUUCGCGAUUAUUCUCAUUUCCAGGAGAUAUUCUUAUGAUGCGAAAUCUGUCAAAUGUUUCAUUCAGGGGCUGCAAUUUAAUUCAAAUUCCUUCAAUCAUCUCAUCGAAGAUUAUGAAUUUUUCAUUUAUUGGCAAUCAACUUUUGAAUUGCAUUCCACAAGAAGCAGUCAAAUUUAUUGAUCCACUUAUGACGACAGCCGAAUUCUUCACAAUUAACGAAGAAGACUUGUCAGAUCUUUUAACGUCACAGUCAGAUUUUAUUAAAAAUAGUCCGGAAAUUAAACAUUUCAUUCUUCCAAAUGGAUUACUCGUUAAUCUUCCUUUCCUACUUGAUAAAAUUCACACAAUCACUUCAUCGGAAUUGAUUUCAUUGAAAGAACGUUCGCUUAGAGCAGUGAAGACAUCACUAAGAAAUUCUCGUCAUUUCUUGCCACGUGAACUUAAAACUAUUCUCAGUUUUCCCGCAGCGAUUUGCACAUGCCGGACUAAAAUAUUUACUGAAGCUUUUAAAGCAAAGGCCAAACUUUCAACUCCUUACAUCGAAAUACUUUUGUUCAAAGAAAUGUCUUUUGAUAUUCAUAGAAAGUAAUAAAAAUGAUCUCAUAUUAUGUUAGCACUCAACAUGAAUUUAUUCGCCC